GCAUGACAUUACCUACUUGAUUCUGUCCUCUUGCCGAACUUGCUCGGUGUCCAUUCCCUCGUUUUCAGACUGCCACUCAUUUGGUCAAAUUAGCAAGAUGCAGCUUUCCGAUCUUUUCGUUACGGCUUUUGCCCUCCUCGCAUCUACUGCCUAUGCCCAGACUGGUUCCCAGGGUACUGAUACUGGAAACAAGUUUUGCACGGGCCAAUGUCUUCCUAAGAGUUCCGAACUUCCCUGCAGCAAUCCGGAGUGGCAAGCAUCAUUGGGUUGCUACAUGUGCUGCCUCGAUAAUGAUAAUGCGGGUGGCUUUGCGGACAGUCUCCCUGAUGAUAUCCUUCCUGACGACAUCAUUGGCGACGAUGCUUGAAAUCAGCCGACAUGUCCCCCACUUUAUGUCCCAGUCCAGUUGUCGCGUAAUCCUUCUAGCGAAAUUAUUGGGUUUCUUGUGCUGCGCUUAAAGAGGAAUCAAGGAUUCCGUGUCCUGGGCAUGUACAUAAUGUUGCAAUGUGGCGUAUUGAUUUCGUCAUAAAUAAAUCCUUGCUUGUAUG